AUGGCCAACUCUCACUGUUUGGUUCCAUUGACCCUUUUAAUGGUUCUCUUCGUACAAGCCUCGUCAGCUGCCAUUGACGCUCAAUGGCAUGAUGCUCAUGCAACCUUCUAUGGUGACAUGGCGGGUGGAGAUACCAUGCAGGGUGCUUGUGGUUAUGGUAAUCUCUUCGAGCAAGGGUAUGGACUUGAAACCACAGCACUAAGCACAGCUCUAUUCAACAAUGGGGGGGCUUGUGGUGCAUGUUUCGAGAUCAAGUGUGUGAACGACCCACAAUGGUGCAUAAAGAAUGCUGGCACAAUCAAAGUAACCGCUACAAAUUUUUGUCCUCCAAAUUAUUCAAAACCUGAAGGAAAUUGGUGCAAUCCUCCACAAAAACACUUUGAUUUGUCCAUGAAAAUGUUCACCACUAUUGCCAUAUACAAAGCUGGGAUAAUCCCAGUUAAAUAUCGUCGAAUUCCAUGCACCAAAAUUGGUGGUGUCAAAUUUGAGAUGAGAGGGAACCCUUAUUGGUUGCUGGUUUUGGUGUACAAUGUUGGCAAUGCUGGUGAAGUCUCUAAGGUUAGCAUCAAAGGGUCUAACACUGAUUGGCUUCCUAUGUCACGCAAUUGGGGACAAAAUUGGCUUACGGGUCAGAAUUUAGUAGGACAAGCCUUGUCAUUUAUGGUUACUACUAGUGAUGGUAAAAUGUUGAAGUUUAAUAAUGUUGCACCUUCUCAGUGGCAAUUAGGACAGACCUACAAGGGCCACAAAAAUUUUUAG